UAUUGACGCCAUAUUGGGGCCGGCGGCGGGUGGAAUAGUCUCCCAGUGGAGGGGGAAGCGACUGGACGUGUUCUUUUGAGCGCUUGCCGUUGCUGCUGCCUCGCAAUCCCUCCGCAUCGAUCGCCGCUCUCAAGCUUCUGACUCUCCUCGCGCGUUUGAGGAGCCGUGUCCCAGCCUCACACCUCACGAGGCUGGUAUCGACUUCCGAAGGGAGCCGGUCUCCGCGCAGGAGCACCACCAGGCGCGGCGCAAAGCUCGAACGGACGGCGGGGGCGGCCGGAGCCUCUCCCGGGGGAUCCGCGCUGAGGAGGCGGAAGAGCCCCCCUGACGCGGCUGGCGUGGGCUGUUGCCACCGCCCCUCCCGCUCUCGCCGGGGCCGGCCCCUGGCCACUGCCCCUGCCGCGGAGGCAGCGGCGGCGGCUGCGUCUUCUCUUGCCGCUGGCCUUCGCCUGUCGCCUGUCUGCGGUUGACCCCGUCGCUCAGGCUUCCCUCGAGUCCCCUUCUCCCUCCCCCUUCCUCGCCCUUCCCUCCCGACGCCUUCUCCGACCCCACCCGAGCCCGCGGCUGGGCUGCCCCGGCCAUGGCGUGCGGAGCCACUUUGAAAAGGACUCUGGAUUUCGACCCGCUGCUGAGCCCGGCGUCCCCGAAGCGGAGGCGAUGUACGCCAUUGUCGGCGCCCACCUCGGCCGCCGCCUCCCCGUCGUCGGCGGCCGCGACCGCCGCCGCCGCCUUCUCGGCAGCCGCCGCUUCACCGCAGAAGUAUCUCCGAAUGGAGCCGUCCCCCUUUGGCGACGUCUCCUCCCGCCUCACCACAGAACAAAUUCUCUACAACAUAAAACAAGAGUAUAAACGCAUGCAGAAGAGAAGACAUUUAGAAACUAGUUUCCAACAGACAGAUCCAUGUUGUACCUCUGAUGCACAGCCACAUGCAUUUCUCCUCAGUGGACCAGCUUCACCAGGGACUUCAUCAGCAACAUCCUCACCGUUAAAAAAAGAACAGCCCUUAUUCACUCUACGGCAGGUUGGGAUGAUAUGUGAACGCUUGUUGAAAGAACGUGAAGAGAAAGUUCGAGAAGAGUAUGAAGAAAUAUUGAACACAAAACUUGCAGAACAAUAUGAUGCAUUUGUGAAGUUUACGCACGAUCAAAUAAUGCGACGAUAUGGAGAACAGCCUGCUAGUUAUGUUUCAUGAAUCACGUUUUCUGCAUUUUUCUGGGCUGCCUUGUUCCUUGUUGAGUUGUUGCAAGAGGUCCCAAUUAUGACAUGCAGCAAUGCCAAUACCCCCCGUGAAUACAGAUUACUUCAAGCUUUCGUCAGUGGCAACCACUUUUAGGCAGCAACUGGGUUUUGGAAUUUCCCUGAUGUCAAUAUCACCCGGAAGUGGACCUUUGCUACCUGUAUUAAUACCAGUGGCCCCAUUUGCUAUAUCAUUACAAAUUGGCUUCCUACAUUAAUGUUUGAAAAGGAUCAAAGCUGGUAUUCUAAGAACAUGCCCUUCACUGGUUGUGUAAAUAAAACUGUAGAAUGAUACUUCAGAUGAAGUUAGUGUGAUUUUUAAUUGUGCACUACAACCAAGCUGUAACCAGUUAUUAAUAAUUUAGACUGUUAAUCCCAGAAUAUUAAGCAACUAGCCUACAGUGCUUCCUGUGAAAUAGUGAAGGAGGAGGGCAUUUCUGUAUUCCAGGACUUCUUGGGGCUUCAGAAUGGAUUUAUAUGAUUUUUUUUUGGUAGUUUUAUUUAUUCUAUCAAUCUUUUUAACAAAUGUUUAUUGCUGCAUUUUUUUUUCUCCCAGUGUAUCAUUAUUUUAUUGCCCUUGUAGUACUGGAAUUUAGUUGAAAGAAUAAAACAUUUACUUCUAGUCUGCUUGUUUUUUUACUGACUAGUAUUUGAAGAAAGCCAGUGUUUGAAA